CCGCGGGAUGCGGGCGCUGCUGCGGCGGCUGCACGGAGCGGCCGUGGCGCUGCUGCUGUGGCGGGGCCGGGCUCCGUCCCCGGCCCGUCCCGCCGCCUCCGAGGUGCUGAGCCAGCACCUGCGGCAGCGCCGCCUGCCCCACUGGACCUCGUUCUGCGUCAAGUACAGCGCGGUGCGCAACGACCAGUUCGGCCUCUCGCACUUCAACUGGCCCGUGGACGGCGCCAACUACCUGGUGCUGCGCACCGGCUGCUUCCCCUUCAUCAAAUACCACUGCUCCCGCGCCGCCCCGCAGGACCUGGCGCUGCAGGACGCCUUCUUCACCGCCCUCAAGGUGCUCAACGCCGGCAUCCCAACUUUACUGUAUGGAAUUGGCUCCUGGUUCUUUGCCCGUGUCACAGAGACUGUUCACACCAGCCAUGGCCCCGUCACUGUUUAUUUUCUAAAUAAAGAAGAUGAGGGAGCCAUGUACUGAACUGAGUAUCUGUCCUCUGGUGGGUUCUGUGCUGCGAAUAUCUGCUGCCUUUGACUAAAAACAACGGAAAAACUUGGUUUUUACACUGUGUUCUCGUGCUCAGUGUGCUGUUUCAGGAGGCUGCGUGGACCUUUCGGUUGUGAGAGAUUGAUUUUUUUUGCAGAGGUCUGUGAAGUUGAAGAAUUAGAAUUGCUGAGGGCGUGUCUGGAAGUCAGGGCCUGGUGCUGCUGGACAAACUCGUGAUCAUUUAAAGAGAUGCAUUUAUCAACUUAGAGAACCGAAUUGUAGCCUUUGGGCAAGGAAACUGAAGGCACUGACAUUUUCAGAAUGUCCCUGAAAAGAUAAAAGCUGCUCAGGUGUAGAUGCUGCCUAGGUAUUUCAGAAGGAAUUAAUUGUCACAGGUGUCACUGUGUCCGAAUGGCACUGAGUGGUCACGAUCACCUGGAGGAGCCUUUGGGGGGAAAAAAAACCUACCCUAAAAGAAGUGCAGAAUGGCUGUAUCACAUUUCUUGAAAUGAUGUUGAAAUAAAAUACCCAAAAUACAUUUGAUGCUUGUA